UUUAAAUCAAACACUUAUCUUUAAUAAUAUUAAUAAUAGCUUCAUAUCCGCGUGUCAUCUUUGCGUUUUAGGGUAACAAUAAUGCUUUAGAGGUUAGUCGUGUUGGCAAGCUGGCUAACUAAUGUUAGUUCGCUAACUGCUGCCACUAGAUCCAAAGACCGAAUAUCUAUUUUUAUAUAUUUAUUAACCGAGUAGGCACUCUGAUAAUCACACAUCUACAAAAUAUAUCCGAUCCUGAUUGGUCGAGUUAUACUAGCUGACAGAAAUGCUGACUAAAGAGUCGCCAUGUUUAUAUCACUGUGUCAAAUUAGCUAGCUUGGUAACAGAAGCUAAUUAAUUGUCAAUGUGCAGGUGCAAAUGGUGUGAGGUUGGAUACUCAUUUAAAUAUUUUAUUUUGUUUAAUUUAAAACCAGAGAGAUACUUGUUGCAUUUAGUAAAGUGGAAAAGAAAAGAUCCUCAUGUUUAGUGACAGUAUUACCAUCAACAGAAGAGGAAAAGAUUUGCUACGAUAGAAAAUGAGAGAAAUUCUGCAUAAAUUAUGAAUCAAACAAGAUAUGAUCUUCUGAAGGAUGCUGCAUCUCUCAAGUCUAAGCUGAUUUUUUAUUUUUCCGGGGAAGAAUAAUUAUUAUAUGCAUGCUUGCCUCCGAAAUGGGGAACUUUAGUUUCUCACGAGGAUAGUGUGCUUCGGGUGUUGGCAGGAGACGAUGCUGGUCUUCACCGGGUCAUGGAUUAAUGGGACACAGGGAGCCCAAGUUACUCAAGACCAGGACGCUUGCUGGGUACUCGGUAGAAGAGAUAAAUUAUGUGCAUUGUGUGCACCGUUAACAGCACAAGGUAGCAGAGGAAGCGCGUAGCACAUCCAACGUGGGUCAAUACAUCUCAGAAAAGUAGAAAACUGAACUAAUCUUCAUGUGAGAAAAUGAAUUUCCUGUCAACCAUUGUGACAUUCGAGAACCUCCAUGAGGUUCGAAGAUUGUGCCACUGGGGUCCAAUCAUAGCUUUGUCUGUCAUAGCUAUUUGCUCAACCAUGGCAAUAAUAGACUCCAUCAUUUGGUACUGGCCGCUAGACACCACAGGAGGAAGCAUUAACUUCAUCAUGCUCAUCAACUGGACUGUGCUCAUUCUCUACAACUACUUUAAUGCUAUGUUUGUUGGACCUGGAUACAUUCCUCUGGGCUGGAAACCAGAGAAUCAGCAGGAAGCCCAGUAUCUGCAGUACUGCCGAGUGUGCCAAGGGCACAAAGCCCCCAGAUCCCAUCACUGUCGAAAGUGUAACAGGUGUGUGAUGAAGAUGGACCACCACUGCCCCUGGAUCAACAACUGCUGCGGCCACCUUAACCACGCCUACUUCACCAGCUUCCUGCUGCUGGCUCCACUCGGGUGCUCGCACGCAGCUAUAAUCUUCAUCAUGACCAUGUACACACAGCUGUAUGAGAGGAUAUCGUUUGGCUGGAGCACAGUAAAGAUUGAUAUGAGCGCUGUGCGUCAGUUCCAACCCCUCAUGCCCUUCAGUGUCCCUGCUUUCGCUGCCACACUCUUCGCCUUAGGUUUGGCAUUAGGCACCACUAUCGCUGUCGGAAUGCUUUUCUUCAUUCAGAUGAAAGUCAUCCUCCGAAAUAAGACCUCGAUCGAGUCCUGGAUCGAGGAAAAGGCCAAAGACAGAAUACAGCACUACCAAACCGAGGAGGAGUUCAUCUUCCCGUACGACCUCAGCAGCCGCUGGCAGAAUUUUAAGCAAGUCUUUACAUGGUCGGGGACACCCAUUGGGGAUGGUAUCGUGUGGCCGGUUCAUCCCAAGUGUCACCAGCACACCUUAACUAUAGAGCAGCUGAAGCAGAAAGCUGAUAAACGAGUGAGAAGUCAGGUCCAGUACCAGGUAGUGGAGGAUUACAACGGGGCUUGUUGCCCUGUCAACAAGGGGAUCCAAACCUUUUUCAGAACCCCCUGCACCGAGGAACCCAGGAUCCCCCUCAGCAAGGGGGAUGUCAUCCUGGCUACUCGUGGCACAAAAUGGUGGAUGUAUGGAGACAAAGUUCUGCACGAUGAUAAACUGAGAGCUGGAGAACGUAUACGGGGAUGGUUUCCAAGGAGGUGUGUCGAGAAGUGCCAUUAUGACACAGCUUCCAGCGACAGCACCAGCGAUAAGAAAGUGAAUUAAUACACGUUUGCAGGCUUUACUUAGGGCAGGGAGGCAGAACUGAGCAGAGGUUUAUAAAUGUACGUCUACUGAAGAUGUCACGCCUGAGGCUGAACUUAUAGAAUUCAAUCCUUUUGAUUAAGCUCACACCUUAAGUUGCUAAGGCUGAAUUAAAGUCUUACCGAGCACUUUUAGUUCCUGUAAGGACUUCGUUUGACUUCUCUGACCAAAAGAAUUAAAAAAAAGUCUUAAUUUUCAAGAAUUGCCAACAGGCUUUUAUGUGACUUCGUUAUAAUUGUGAUUAUUUUCUACUUGAAUGUUUCUUCUACUUUUGUUGAUCUAUUUUUCCUACUUAUGCAAUGCCUCGGCCCAGCUAACCCCAGGGCAUCAUAAUGCAACUCUUUCUACAAAAUGGAGAUAACGCUUCAUUACUUUUUAUUAUUUUUGUAAAAACACUGUUUGCCUCAAAGUAUAACAUGCAGAUAAAAAAAAAUACCUCCCACAA